UAACUGUAUGAUAAGCUAUUCACUGUUCACUGUUUCUAUAUGGACUUAUAUAACUCUUUCCUUGGGAACAGCUGGGAGUCUUAUUCCCACUCCCUUAUUCCCAUUACCCUUUUGUUUCUACAUUUUUUCCUGUAUUUUUUCUUAUAUAUAUACAUAUUUUUCUCCUGGGUGCUGGCGUAGAUACUGCAUACGCCCGCACCCUCUGUUUUUUCGUUACCUGGUGAUUCAGAGCGCUGCCCCGCUUCACUGUAAUGCCCACACUUUAGUCCUGUUCCCUAUUUGUCCUCUCUGCCGGGCGGCCGCCAUCUCCGGUGACGUCACCCUUCUUCUUCAGUUGUUGCGCCGCCCAUCUUCUCCGCUGCCAGCGCGCGCUUCCAUCUCUUCAGGAGCGCGGCUGAUAUCGCGAGAUUUCGGGCGGACGAACGCCACGCCCACCCCACCCCUAGUGCGGCGCUCGCGUCGGGAUUCGCAGAGGAUCGGAGGACUUGUGUCUCCUCUCACACUGUUCCUCCUGCACUAAGCCGAUCACUUUAGUUUCUGCCUAGGCUCUGCGCAGUUCCCCUCCUUUUACUUGUGGCCCACAUCGCUCCACAUGUUUAUAUAGGGAGACAUACUUAUUUGUAUAGGUAUAUAUGUGUAUAUAAUAUACAUAUAUAUAUAUAUACAUUUACUUGUGUAUAUAUAUUUUUCCUAAUGUGUAUAUAUUUAUACCAUAUUAAUAAAUUUAUACUUAUUCUAUACAUAUUAUAUUCUCUCUCCACAGUCCCGAGUUUUUGCUGUAGUUUUAUCUACGUUCAGUAGCUACUAUGACAGACGGAAAAAUGGAUUUGACCAUGGGGGAGGGCCCCAACGGCUCGCAUGACCAGGAUCGCAUGUCCGCUGAACAAAUUCAGCAACUGGUCCACAGGUCGGUACAUACUGCCCUUGCAGCCGCCAUGACAACGGUUAAUGACACCAUUACCCGAUCUGUAUCUAUGGCCAUAUCUCAAUCGCGCCAAGACGCACCUAUUCCACCAGCUUUAGUGCUGGCAGGUCCCUCAGAGCAGACUCACCCUUCUGGCUCAUUGAGACCCGGGAAGUCGGCCCGGAAGAGUCACCAUUGUACCGACACAGCGACCUCUGCUAUGUUGCCAACCCCAUUGAGUGGUGGCCACUCUCUUGCAGCUGACCCUUUGCCUGAGGGCAGCAACCCGUUUACGGGCAAAAGACCCUCCGCCCGGGAGGAAGUUGAUACUAACCGGGUUAAACGGUCCGCCAAGCGGAUUAAGCCUGAUUCCUAUGUGGAUAGAUCGGAUUCAGAGUCCGAAUCUGUUUCAGAUGAUUCUGAACACUCCGCUUUCGAUAGCGGGGAGGAUGACGGUUGUGAUGAAGAUGAGGUUCAACCCUCUGGUUCUUCUCACAAUGAUGACGUUUCCGUCAACGCUGUUCUGGACUCUCAGGGAGUCCCCUUCUUCGACCCGGAGGCUAUCAAGCAUCCGCGGUCAGGUGAAUGGACACCGAUCCCUCAGGUCGCUAAAUACAUUGAGGCAUGGUUGAGAAAACCCCUGGACAGGGGUAACAGGAACAAGCUCAGGUCUGAGUGUCCCCGUCCUUCGGUCGCCAAUAAGGUGGCAGUGACCCCAGAACUCGACCCGAUCUUGGUAAAAUACCUGUUGAAAUCGGGCAAGAACCCUAGUAAGGGAUUGGAUAGGUCCUUCAAAUCGGUGCAGGAUAAACUGCUUGAUUUAUUAGGUCCGUUAACAAAGAUUCUGAACAUGGCGGAACAGGCGGUGGCCGCAGGUACGCAAGUGGACGCGGAAGUUCUGAGAGGUUGGGCUCUCAGAGCCACGUGCCUGCUUGGUAAUGCCAACACGGCCAUGUCAUCUGAAAGACGACGUUCUGUUUUGAUGAGAUUGGAUCCUCAGUUGACCCAUCUUGCGACAGAGGAACCAGGCCCAUCUGCGGAGGGCCUUCUCUUCGGAGAUUCGCUCAUCAAAAACAUUAAUAAGUUCGUGGGUCUCUUUUCUAGCCUGGAUAAGGCACAAUCCUCUUUAAAGAAAUCCGCAAAGGUUUUCGGGAAGGCUGGAAGGGGUAGGGGUCGCCCUUCCGGCCGAGGUGCCUAUUUCAGACCCCACAAUAGGGGUCCAGUGCAGUACGUACAAGAGAGGCCACAGGUGCAGGCGGUCGCCGCCACAGUUCCCGCUACUCCUUUCUUUCCAUCCAGAAGUCGGCCCUGGAGGGCUCGGGGAGGUUCUCGAGGUUUCCCUAGAGGAAGAUCCACAGGAUACUAAGAGGACUGUCUGGCGGAUCCGCGUGAUGUGGGUCAUCAUCUUCAGUUUCUUCGGUUGAAUGAUCCGAUGUUCUUUUGGAGAUCACGAUCAAGUUGGAACAAGUGAUGUUGUAGUUGCGUCUUCACUGUUCGGAGACGACUUCGGUGCUCGGCUGCGUUGGAAUUAUGGUUACAGUCCAGGUGUUUUCGGCAUCAAGAAAGAGGAGGAGGCGGAGGCUACACUGUCUUUUAUGGAGCAAGCCCGGAUGGGAUUGGUGGAGAUGUUGGAAGGGGUGCGGUCAGGUUGCUAGGUGACCUGCAUCUUUUUUCUUCCAUUUUACAUUCAUGUUACAUUUGUUUUUUCUGCUAUUGGGCAUAUUAAAGAAAGAAUAUGC